AUGUCGGAUGACAUUAGGACUAAGGUUGGCCAUGGCGUAGCUAAGGCCUUGGGUAUCAAAAUUGCCUAUCGUGACCCCCUAGGAGCCAAUGCGGACCCCGUUACCAGAGGCGAAUCAACCUUCUCUGUUGGAACGGUGGACACCUAUUCUUAUCUCGAACCGGAGCCCACAAGCUUUGAAUGGGUUACGGAGCUAUGGCCUACCUGGGGCCAGGUGGGCAGUUAUAUCUACCGACUCUUCCCGUUCCUUUCCUGGAUCACACGGUAUAAUUGGCAAUGGUUCAUCGGAGAUUUAGUUGCUGGCGUGACAGUCGGGGCUGUUGUCGUACCACAAGGAAUGGCAUACGCCAAACUUGCAGAACUCCCUGUACAGUUUGGUCUUUACUCGUCUUUCAUGGGUGUCCUAAUAUAUUGGUUCUUCGCCACGUCUAAAGAUAUUACCAUCGGCCCGGUCGCUGUCAUGUCCACACUGGUCGGAACUAUAGUACUCGAAGCAGAGAAAAAAAUCCCGGAUGUUGAACCGCAUGUAAUUGCAUCUUGCAUGGCAAUUAUCUCUGGUGGUAUUGUCUGCUUCAUGGGCUUGGCUCGUCUCGGAUUCAUCGUGGAUUUUAUCCCGCUUCCAGCAAUCUCAGCAUUCAUGACGGGGUCCGCCAUCAAUAUCUGUUCCGGUCAAGUGAAAGAUAUGCUGGGAGAAAAGGCAAACUUCUCCACUAGAGAUGCAACCUAUAUGGUCAUUAUCAACACCCUCAAACACCUUCCCUCAGCCGGAGUUGAUGCUGCUAUGGGCGUCACUGCAUUGGCUAUGCUGUACAUUAUCCGCGCAGGCUGCAACUACGGUGCGAGACGAUAUCCUCACCGUGCUAAGAUCUGGUUCUUCGCCUCUACUUUGCGGACAGUCUUUGUGAUCUUGUUUUACACGAUGAUCAGUGCGGCUGUGAAUUUGCACCGGAGAGAUCACCCAAGGUUCAAGCUCCUGGGCAAUGUUCCUCGCGGUUUCCAGAAUGCAGGAUCCCCGGUGGUCAACGCUCGAAUCAUCAAGACCUUCGCAAGCGAGCUUCCCGCUGCCGUGAUCGUCCUACUCAUCGAACACAUAGCUAUUUCAAAGUCCUUUGGCCGUGUCAACAACUACACCAUUGACCCCUCCCAAGAGCUGGUGGCCAUUGGUGUGACCAAUCUGCUUGGACCGUUCCUUGGUGCCUACCCGGCUACCGGGUCCUUCUCCCGGACGGCCAUUAAGUCGAAGGCUGGAGUCCGAACACCGCUUGCUGGUUGCAUCACCGCAGUUGUCGUCCUGCUUGCUAUAUACGCCCUGCCUGCCGUCUUCUUCUACAUUCCUAAAGCGUCCCUUGCCGGAGUCAUCAUCCAUGCUGUUGGUGAUCUGAUCACGCCGCCCAACACGGUCUACCAGUUCUGGCGCGUUUCCCCCCUUGAUGCGAUCAUCUUUUUCGUUGGUGUUAUAGUCACUAUAUUCACCACCAUCGAGAUUGGGAUUUACUGCACCGUCGCGAUAGCUGCAGCCAUCCUCCUCUUCCGGGUUGCUAAAGCCCAUGGCCAAUUCCUCGGUAGAGUUACUAUUCACUCCGUGGUCGGCGAUCAUUUGAUACAAGGGGAUGGCAAAUAUGGAUCUUCUAAGUCGCCGAACACUCCUUCGGAAAGCAACGGUAGCUACCAGCGUACCAUUUUCCUCCCUCUUAACCACACCGACGGGUCAAAUCCCGAAGUAGAGGUGGAACAGCCCUAUCCGGGUAUCUUCAUCUACCGAUUCUCGGAAGGAUUCAAUUACCCGAAUGCCAAUCACUAUACCGACUCCCUCGUGCAGACGAUCUUCCAGAACACGCGACGCACCAAUCCUUUUGCCUAUGGCUCUCCCGGAGAUCGACCGUGGAACAACCCUGGCCCGGCCAAAGGCAAGUCUGAGCCCGACCGCUCGCACCUGCCCACCCUCCGUGCUAUUAUUCUCGAUUUCUCGUCGGUCAACAAUGUGGAUGUGACCUCUGUGCAGAAUCUCAUUGAUGUUCGCAACCAGCUUGAUCUUUACGCUUCUCCGCAAUCCGUGCAGUGGCAUUUUGCCCACGUUAACAAUCGGUGGACCAAGCGCGCGCUCGCAGCAGCAGGCUUCGGAUACCCCAGCCCAGCCUCCGAGGAUGGGUUCCAUAGAUGGAAACCCAUCUUCAGCGUGACAGAAAUCGAGGGCAGUGCUUCGGCAGCGGCCCAUGCAGAAAUGGUGAAUAACAAGCACGUCUACCAGGCUAGUAACAAGAGUGGAGACCUUGAAGAUGGGUUCAAGCAUGACCCGAAGACUACUGAGCGCGAGACGGCGGGAAUCGAAGUGUCUUCUGAUGGAAGCAGCACGCAGGAAUACAAGUUGCAACGCGACCUUAAGGACAGCCAGGCCUACAAAAAUCGGAGGAAGAUGGCUUUGGUGCAGGGCAUCAAUCGUCCGUUCUUCCAUAUUGACCUAACCAGUGCUCUGCAGAGCGCAUUGGCGAAUUAUGAGGAACAGGAACUCUCUGUUAGGGAAGCUGAUGCGUGA